GUGAGCGGCAUCGCUGGUGACGGGAGGAGAGGAGCGGCUGAGCGGGUCCACACACCGAGCUGUCCGCCCAAGGUUGGCUUCCUCCCGCCGCCAAUGCAGACCCCUCACAUUCCUGUGUCUGCCAGUUGACACGCACACGGACCAGGCUUCCACCCGUGCGUGGAUUUAGGAGUCCUAAAGCGGGCUGCUUUUUAAUUUUUUUUUUAAUUUUUAUUUACAGGAGCACCUGACAUCCCCCUCCUUCCCCACCCCCCAGUGGCAGAUAUACUCACUGGAUCAUGGCACAGACCAACAGCAGCGGGCAAGGGACCAACGGGGUGGCAGAUGAGUCCCCCAACAUGAUUGUGUACAGAAAGAUGGAGGAGUUGAUAGCACGCAUGCAGGAGGAGAAAAAUGGCAUCCCCAUACGAACAGUGAAGAGUUUUUUAACCAAGAUCCCCAGUGUUUUUUCAGGUUCUGAUAUCGUACAAUGGCUGAUGAAGAAUCUGGACAUUGAAGAUCAAGUCGAGGCACUUCACUUAGGAACGCUGAUGGCUGCACACGGAUACUACUUCCCCAUUUCAGAUCACGUCCUCACUCUCAAAGACGACGGCACUUUCUAUAGGUUUCAGACUCCAUACUUUUGGCCAUCAAACUGCUGGGAACCUGAAAACACAGACUAUGCUGUUUACCUCUGCAAAAGAACAAUGCAAAACAAAGCACGUCUGGAGCUUGCGGACUAUGAAGCUGAGAGCUUAGCAAGGCUACAGAGAGCUUUUGCUAGGAAAUGGGAGUUCAUCUUUAUGCAAGCAGAAGCACAAGCAAAAGUCGACAAGAAAAGAGACAAGAUAGAGAGGAAAAUUCUCGACAGUCAGGAAAGAGCAUUCUGGGAUGUGCACAGACCAGUGCCUGGAUGCGUGAACACAACAGAAGUUGACAUAAAGAAGUCCUCCAGAAUGAAAAAUCCUCACAAAACGAGAAAGUCAGUGUAUGGGCUACAGAAUGAUAUACGUACUCACAGCCCGACGCACACCCCCGCUCCAGAGGCCAAACAGCCGACAGAAGAUGAACUGCAGGAACAGAUCACAUUUUGGCAAUUACAAUUAGACAGACAUCGACUGAAAAUGUCCAAGGUGGCAGAGAGUUUGCUGGGUUACACAGAGCAGUAUGUUGAAUAUGACCCCUUCCUCACGCCUCCGGACCCAUCUAAUCCCUGGAUCUCAGAUGACACCACAGUCUGGGAGCUCGAAGCCAGUAAGGAACCUGGCCAGCAGAGGGUAAAGAGGUGGGCUUUUGGCAUCAAUGAGGUUCUCAAAGACCCUGUGGGGAGAGAGCAGUUCCUCAAGUUCCUUGAGUCUGAAUUCAGCUCUGAGAAUCUCAGGUUCUGGCUUGCCGUCCAGGAGCUAAAGAAGCGUCCCAUCAGAGAAGUACCGACCCGCGUUCAGGAAAUCUGGCUGGAGUUUCUGGCCCCCGGGGCGCCCAGUGCCAUAAACGUCGACUCCAAGAGCUACGACAAAACCACCCAGAAUGUCAAAGAUCCCGGACGCUACGCAUUUGAGGAUGCACAGGAACACAUCUACAAACUGAUGAAGAGUGAUUCUUAUAGUCGUUUCAUUCGUUCCAGUGCCUACCAGGAGCUAUUACAGGCCAAAAAGAAGAAAAGUAAGAAUUUGUUCUGAAGCCUCUUGCUUUCAGGAGGGACCACUGGCAGACAAGAGAUUGACAAGUUGUGUGCCGUCAUCUUUGAACCAAUGGCUUCCCUCUCUC